CGUAACGUAUCUGGAGGUUUACACCUAACACAUGUUCAUUCAUUGUUUUUCGACUUGUCUACUGACCCCAGCCAGCAAAGACUUUUGGGCGCAGUUUGAGAUUUUUGGGCAAAAAUGUCACUGCAGACAGAAAAUCUUCCGCUUACUACAGACAAUGCAUCCUCGUCCUCGAAAUUGUUAGAAGUCUUUCCAGAAAUAGCCCAAACUAUCAAGGUGCUCCCAAAUUACCCAAAUUGUCUAUACUGCACCUUAAUCUGUCAAAUUUUCUGCACUGCACGCAAAGUUUCACAAAUGAGGGAUUAAGACUGGCAGUAAGUAGUAUAGCUUUAGUUUUGUUGAAUGGAAUGUUUUGGAUAGAAUUUCGUCUCAAAUACGAAAAAAAGUUGGACACCGAGAAAGGCAUGACAACUUUCUGAUACAAAGUUGCUGUCAGCAUAUGAACUAUGGUGUAGCAGGGCACCUAUUGAAAAUACGUUUAAAAUACUCUGACUAUUAUUGUCAUGAUAUGAUAAAGUUCUGGUACUCUAAUAAAAGCCAACGGAGAAUGCAUAACCCUCUUUAUGAAAUAGUGGAGUCUUACAAAUCUGAAGAAAUCACAAAAGCAACUGUUCUCAGCAACUCAUGGCUGAGUUACAGAAAUAAGAGCAUGACUUUCGAUGAGAUUUUAGAAGAAGCCGGAGAAUCUUUCAAGAAAUAUGGUUUAGGUGAUUGUUGUAAAUAUCCAACUAUUGUGGAAAUUAAACCAAGUGGAGGACCUGCAUGUGAAUCGUUGUUUACUCUGCAUAGACGUAUACCGGAAAAUAAAGUGGAUAGUAAAGAAUGUAGUAACUCUCCGGAUAUUUCGAUAAAUAAAUGGUCGAACUUUCCUGUUUACCUAAGACGUUUUCAUAUUAACUCUAUCCAACAAGAUGAAUUUAUGGAGAUGACAAUUAAUGUUGUUGAGAAAUUAACAACAAUGAAGUUUACUUUUAUACCAGAACCAUAUUAUUGGAUAGUAUAUGAUCCAACUUUAAUGAUGAAUAAAGAUGGAAAUGCAGAAAUUUGGAUAAAAUGUGAAUAA